AAAUAAAUGCCCGUCCGCUUGGCCCUAGCGACAAAUCUCCCACCAUUGACCCUGAGCGACCUCCAGCGGCCUGCCAUUUGCAUGAUAUAGACUUGCUCUCCAAGUGCGACCACCGCGGCUUCAUCAGUAGAUACUCGGCAUCCGAAUCGAAUUAAUUACCUGUCCAUAGCAGCAAUUUCCUUCAAUACAAUAUCCUCCACCAUGCCUUUCGGAGUCAAUCCCUUCUCGAAGCAAGACCACGAUUUCCCCGGCGUAAUCGUGCCCUUGUCCGAUGCCCCCCCGCAUUCACAUCCGCAAACCAGCCACGAUCCGGAGAAAAAAGUAGGCCCUAAUGAAAAGACUGAUACUGGCAGCCUCGACAGGGCGCCCUCUGCAGAAAAUGGCGUGGGCUCCAUCCACAGUCACCAACCAAGCCAUGAUGGGCCUCUCACUCUGGAGAUCCUGCGUGCUGAAGUUGAGAACGACGUGGUUGCCUCAGGCCAUGACUCCGCAUAUGAUCGCAAAGCAAAAGUGAUUAAUAGGGCCAUCCAAGACAUUGGAAUGGGCCGUUACCAGUGGCAGCUGUUUGCGCUCUGUGGGUUUGGCUGGCUCGCGGACAAUCUCUGGCUCCAGGGUGUUGCACUCACGUUGCCCCAACUGACGCUGGAAUUCGGCGUCGAUGAGAACCGUGUUCGUUUUACAACCUGUGCUCUCUUCCUCGGCCUGUGUCUGGGUGCAUCAUUUUGGGGUAUUGCCUCUGAUAUCAUCGGCCGUCGUCCGGCAUUCAAUUUCACGCUCAUGAUUACCGGUGCCUUUGGUCUUGCCGCUGGUGGCGGUCCAAACUGGAUUGGUGUCUGUGCGCUAUAUGCCUGCUUGGGACUUGGAGUCGGAGGCAACUUGCCUGUUGACGGGGCUCUUUUCCUCGAGUUCCUACCAUUUGCCUCUGGAAAUCUUCUGACCAUGCUGAGUGUGUGGUGGCCAGUUGGUAACUUAGUAUCUAGUCUUUUGGCCUGGGCUUUCAUCCCAAACUUCACCUGUUCCGAAGAAGGACCAUGCAGGAAGGAAGAUAAUAUGGGCUGGAGAUACCUAGUUAUCACACUAGGCGCCAUCACCUUUGUUAUGUUUCUGUGCCGCUUCUUCCUCUUCCACCUUUAUGAGUCGCCCAAGUUCUUGCUUUCCCGCGGACGACAAGACGAGGCCGUUGCAGCAGUACACGGCAUCGCAUACAAGAACCGCAAGAAGACCUGGCUCACCGUUGGAAUCCUGAACGAAAUUGGCGGCUACCCAGAACAAGCAUCCACGCGCCAGGGCCUCAACAACAAGGAAAUCAUUGAGAGAUACAUGUCCAAGUUCUCUUUAGAGCGCAUCAGAGGUCUCUUUGUCACCAAGAAACUUGGAAUCACCACCGUGAUCCUCUGGUUUUGCUGGGCCACUAUCGGAAUGGGCUAUCCUCUUUUCAAUGCAUUCCUUCCCCAAUAUCUGCAAAGAGCCGGCGGAGGUGAGCCCCAGUCCACAUCCAUCGUCUACCGCAACUACGCCAUUACCUCGAUCGUCGGCCUCCCCGGUUCCAUCCUCGCGUGCUGGACCGUUGACAUCAAGUACAUCGGCCGCAAAGGCACAAUGAGUACAGCCACCAUGAUCACUGGCGUCCUGAUCUUCUGCUUCACUGCCUCGACAGACCCAGACAUCCAACUCCUCUGCUCCUCCCUCGAGAACUUCUUCCAGAAUAUCAUGUACGGCGUUCUAUACGCGUACACCCCCGAGGUCUUCCCCGCCCCCAGCCGUGGCACCGGUACUGGAAUAUCCAGCUGCCUGAACCGGAUUGCUGGCCUCUGUGCUCCCCUUGUUGCUAUCUACUCUGGGAGCGAGAACCCAGAUGCACCCAUCUAUGCGGCUGGGGGUCUGAUGCUCGCUGCAUUUGUGGCGAUGAUCUUCCUCCCGAUCGAGACGAGAGGUAAACAAACACUAUGAAACCAUUUGGCCAAAGUAGACUAGCAUUACAGUUUCGUGUUUGGUUGGUGGAGCUGCAGAGUUUUACGUAUAUUGUUCAAGCGAGCACGCACGGCACGGCCUGUAUGAGACGCAGUGUGUCAUGCGAGCUUUUUGUUUCGUUUUUCAUCCUCCAUCUUGAUACCAUAUUUCAAGCUUCGUUCCUUAUUAUCUUUUCUGCUUUUAUUUGCGUCGUGUUUCGUGUCUUUUCCUUUCCUAUCAGCCGGCAUGAGUUUCGAGUACCUACAUACCUAUUAUCCCCAGAAAUUUUGCUUGGAUGUACAUACAUAUAAUGGACUCCAUCAAGAUAAGACUUAAAAAAAAAAAGAAACUAAAAAUAAAAUAAAAUUAAAAACCAUAUCCCACC